CUAGACUUGUUUUUAACAAGCUCUAGCUCUGUUUGAUUUCACCCUUCCAUCCCAUGAAAGCUCUAAAACCUUACCCAACUAGCAACUGGAAGUGUUUAAGUUAAACCCCCACUUCAGAACUUGAUGAAAGAGUAGAAGAGAUACAAACACCAAUUAUCAAAACCCAUGGCCUCCAGCGGAUGCUCAAUCUUGGCGUUGGCAGUUGCUGCAGUGUUUUCUGCUUCCUCAGCAAUCUCCUUUUAUAUAUGGAAGAAAAAGUGGGUCGAAUCUGAUUCAAAGAUGAAAGAGCUUCAAAAAUCUCUCAAUUCUGCUUUAGAAAAAUGUGCUGCUGAAAGACAAGGUCGCAUUAGGGCUCAGCAGGCAUUGAGGAAAGCAAUAGUGGCAGAAGCCAAGUCUGAGAAUUUAGAAAUGACAUCGUAUCCUAUGGCACCUAUUGGUAUCAUCCAAUCCUGCUUUUCUACUAGGAAUGGGACCCCCAGGCAACCUCUGCUAGUCCCUCUUGCUAGGGCAUGUUUGGUUUUUGAUUCAGCUAGAGUUCCUCCUGCAUCUCUUGAGGGCCUUGAAGAAUACUCCCAUUGCUGGAUUAUAUUUGUGUUUCAUUUAAAUACAGAUCUGGAGAAGUUAUGGAAGCAUCCAUCUAAAUCAAAGUUUAAGGCCAAGGUCAGAGUUCCGAGAUUGAAAGGUGGAAGGAUGGGAGUUUUUGCUACACGAUCUCCACAUCGACCAUGUCCUAUAGGACUCACUGUAGCAAAGGUGGAGGCAGUACAAGGAAAUAUGCUUCUACUCUCUGGAGUGGAUCUAGUUGAUGGAACACCAGUAUUGGACGUCAAACCAUAUCUACCAUAUUGUGACAGUAUUGAAGGAGCAGUCGUACCUAACUGGGUGACGGUGGACAGUAUAUUAUCGGUUGCUUCUGUUAGCUUCUCCGAUGACUUCUCUUCCUCACUCCAGGACUGCUGGAAAGCAAUGGAGAACAAGUCUCUCUAUUCAUCACCAGAUGAGCUAAAAAGUUUGGUCAAGCAAGUCCUCUCUUGGGAUAUUCGAUCACUAUCUCAACAAAAUCGACCUCAUGAUAAUCUCCUCAAGACAGGAAAUGGUGAUACCUCAGAUAAUACUUCAGAUUUGGAUGAUUUCCAAGAUGGAGAAGCUUCAGGGCAAGGAGGUGAAGAACUGGCAGCCUCUGGAGAGGUAAUUUAUCACCUGAUUUUGGAUGGAAUGGACUUCUCCUACGAAAUCGAUUGCAAUGGCAAUGUGAUUGUAGAGAAAGUCCAUCUUUCAUCUGUCAUCCCAUUUGGUAAUCAAAAACGUUGCAAUUACUUGAUGUGGAAAGACAAACUCAAAUAACCCUUUGCUUUUUGUAGCCUGACAGACAUUGUUCCAAUUCUUAGUACUCUUAAUGUUGAUUCUCAUAAUAAAAUGUUAGAAAAUAUUUAAACAAACACUAAAUUCAGCUCAAAGAUUAUUUUGUAUUUAAUCAUUAAAUUAAAAAUUAAAUCAAAUUUGAACUGGUCUGAAAGGAAGUGAUCAACUCAUUCAUCAAUAUCUUCUAAAACAUCUUCUGAAGAGGCUGAUGAAUAUGUCAUGAAUCCACUUUAUAUCAUCAGGGUCUUGUUAAUAUGGAUUAAUUGGUAAUUAACACAUCUUAACAAAGUUCAAUAGACCAAAAUUGACGAGUCUGU